AUGGACCUGCAAUUGGCGAUAAACGGUGUCGAUUUUUCCCGGAAAAGGACGAAGUGGCUCGUUGUAGCGGCCGCUUUAGGCUUCUCCGGUUAUGGUGUGUAUAGGUUAUAUCACUUGCCUUCAGUAUCUCAGAAAAGAAAGAGAAUUUUAAAGCUUCUAGGGGCAUUAGUUUCCGUAGCUGAAGUAGUUUCUGACUCUGCUGAGUCAAUUGGAGUUGUGUCUAAGGAUUUGAAGGACUUUCUGAAGUCUGAUUCUGAUAAAAUUCCAAAUAGUUUAAAGCAAUUAUCGAAAAUCGCUAGGUGUGAUGAGUUUUCGGAAUCUGUUGUUACGGUCACGCAGGCUGUAAGUUUGGGGGUAUUGCGGGGUUAUGGAUUGAACACAACGAGUGAUGGGGAUGGUGGAGAUUCAAGCUUUACAGACCAGGUUAUGGAUAAGCUUUUUACCAAGGCCGGGUCGGGUUUUGCUUCUGUUGUUGUUGGAAACUUUGCUAGGAAUGUGGUAUUAGCUUUCUAUUCAGAUGGGAAGUCUGGUGGAGGAUCUAACUCAAACAAUUCGUCGAGUAUGGACGAUUAUGUGACGGAAAUGGAUGAUGUUCCGAGAUGGGUGGAUGUGGUUUCGAGCGAAAAGUUCAGAGACUUGAUUGGUGAUUGUAUCCAGUUAUUUGUAAGCACAGCUGUUGCGGUUUAUCUUGACAAGACCAUGGGUAUCAACACCUAUGAUGACAUCUUUUCUGGGUUAACCAACUCCAAGCAUGAAACAAAAGUGAGAGACAUGCUGUCGUCUGUCUGCAAUGGCGCGGUGGAAACUCUUAUCAGAACAUCUCACCAAGUAUUAACAGAUUCAACUUCAAAUGCAAACCCUUCGAAAUCAAACUCGAGUUCCUAUUUGGCAAUUGAUGAAGGCUCAACUCCAACUAGAGACGAGGGCUUGAGGCAACAGGCAUUAUCGUUGCAUUCAAAGGCAAGAAAUGUGGAGAAUGAGAGGAACAAUAGCGGUUGGGUUGGUAAAGUGUCCACUACUUUGGCAGUGCCAAGCAACCGGCGGUUUGUUCUUGAUGUCACCGGGAGGGUUACAUCUGAAACAGUCAGAUCAUUCCUGGAGUUUUUGUUGGACAGACUAAACGAUGGGAUGAAAAAAUGCGUUAAUUCUGUUCGUGAGGAAACCGUGGACAGGGGUCUUGAGGUAGUGAGAUAUGCUGCUGCAAAAUCUUCUGUUAUUGCUACUAUAUCUCUGUCUUUGUGCUUACACAUACUUGACAGUCCAUGGGCAUUGGUUCCAUCUUAG